AUGUCCACUAGCUGUCAGCAUUACAUAAGACGUUGCUCCUUACUGGUAAGUUUCUCUGAUUCUUAUUUUAUGUCGCAUAUACUCGAAAAAAACGUGAACAGAUUUAGUGCACUACAAUAAACAAUAAUUCACUUAGCUGAAGAAGCGUUGGAUUAGUUUAGCUCUAAUACCACACAAGAUACUGGCGUCAUCUUGGAGGAUUAAGUCAUUUUGUAACUCAAUUAUUUUUACUUGUUUGCCUUACUUCGAUUUGAUAAGGCGUACAGUGUAUAUAAAGCUUAGUUGAAACAUGGAAGCAUUGCAAAAACUGGCGCAACCUCACCUGGUCUUUUAGGUUUUUCUUGAUUCUCGUGUGUGUGAGAGGGAAAGCGAGGCGCGAAUUCAAGAAAAAAAACUGUAAGACCAGGGUAGCAAAACCUACAAAGUACGUGUAUUUAACUCUAGAUCUCACGUGAAGUUCUCCAUACAUCUACAUUGCUCCUUGGUUUCAGACCAAGUUCUUUAAAGGGCUAAUUAGACUUUUUGAAGAGAUCUCUACUGGUUGUUUCAGGUCACAAGCAAAAUAUAUAUAACAUUCACAACCGAUCUGUUUGGGCUUUUUGGUAAAUGUAGCUUGCCUUUGGCUCACCAUGGUAACUGCCCACACAGAUCAGCUUCACAUGGUGUUUUGAGUACUUUAAAGUGUGGUUGUUUCAAGCUGUAUCUGAUUGUCUUCUUUUAUUUUGUGUGAUCACUUGAGUCUUGUUCAAAAUGGAAAUAGUUAAACCCCAGCUUUUAUUUAACCACUUGACUGAUCUAACUAAAAGUAAUUUCUUAGAGUACAAUUCUUAAUUUCAGGUGAGCACAUUACUCUGCUAUACUGGGUGUUAAUAAACAAACAACAGUUCAAAGUUCAUCCUACUGUAGCAUUUAGCUUGCAUUGUGUGAUUGGUCUUCAAAGUACUAUGUUCCUGUAUUAUUUUGUAGGUCACCUUAGAAAUUUUUGUUUAUUAAACAAGGGUCUCUUGUAUGAUUUGUGUCCAUAGGCACCAUGCUGUGUUAAAUACUACAGCUGCAGAUUGUGUCAUAAUGACAAAGAAGAUCAUGAGUUAGACAGAAAGACUGUUCAGCAAAUUAAAUGCCUUCAAUGUGGCAGUUGUCAAACAGUAAGUUGUAGCCUCUAGAAUAAUGUGACUGCAGGGUUUGCAAAUAUUUAUUAUUAUUUAUAUAUUUAUUGAUGGGUGAGGUCAGUGUGACUGCUUCUUCACAAAUUUUGGAGUCAUUAUGGAAUAAUUGGAGUCACGUAACACAACGGUUCUUUACUUAGUCUUUUUUAUGAGGAUGCCAUUCCAAUGCAUGGUUCUGGCACAUGUACAGUGUACACUAUUAUGAUGGCAACAUAGAGUAGCUAAACAGCCUCAUGUGAAAGUCCGUUGACCUGGAAAAGCUAGAAUCCAUCAUGAUGAUCGUCAUUUGAGUGGUCUUUAUUUUAAUUUAGCCUCUAGGUAUACAUGUCGUUGUUCAAUUUUAUCCUUGGUUUAAUUUUUAUUUUCCUUUGUUCUAAACUCAUUAUCGUACAUUACAUACCCCAAAGCAAAGGAAAAUAAAAAUUAAACCAAGGAUAAAAUUGAACCACAACAUACACACAUGAAUAAUCCUUAAAUUGGUCUGGUUAAAUCAGGGUUGUAACGUUUGCAGUUAAUGUAGAUUGUAUUUGUUUUGAAAAAGGUAAGGAAAAAACUAUUUUGCAACCAAAAAUUUGUGGAGUCAAAGAGACUCCCUCUGUAACCUCGGUGGAGUCAUCUUGAAAAUUUUGGAAUAAAGUACGCCAAAUUUGGCAUAUUUGUGAACCCUGUGACUGAAUAUAUGAGUGCCUGAUCUUGUAAAAAAUGCUGAUGAUCUCAUUUUAGUAUGCUUUAUUAGGGACAGAUCAUACAGAAAUAUCAAGCAAGACUGUAGUAUUUCCUGGUAAAGGGCAGGCAUGCAAUUACGCUGAUCAAAAAUAGCACUACAUUUGAAAUUCAAAAUUGGUGAAAAUUUUGUUGUUUCAAAGUGCACAUGUUUCAGCUCAAAAUUAAAUUGAGGUGAAAAUUUUUUAACCUACAAUCAUCGUCAAAAAUGUUGGGAAGGUUACCAAUUUUUACCUUUUUUGUACUUGUCCCCCCACCCCACCCCUGGAUCAAUGUUGGACAAAACUAAAUUGUUUUUGUGCGUAAUUGUUGUUACAUGUCUCAACAUUGAAUAGGAGGCGUGGGGGGUAUUCAGGAGAAGAACAAAUAAUCUUUUUUGAACAUAGACAUAAGGCGUAUGAAAUGGAGAAAUAAUGUUGUUAAGUUAUUCCACCUUCCCAACUACUUUUGUCUGUGAUUGUAGGUUGUUUCUCAAUUUCCCUUGUCUCCUAGCCAUGAUUAUUCAGGAAUUAGGGCUAGGAGACAAAGAAAUGAGAAUUAAACUAGUUUAAGAAAUUUUACCUGAAUUUAUAAAUUUUGACCUGUUUAUACAUAAACAUGCCUCACACUAGUCAGUUUUGUUUUCAACCCAAAGAUUACAGUAGGUAAAGGAUUAGCCAUAGACAGAACAGGAACAAUAUUAUUUUAUUAACUGAUGAUAUUGAUGACCUCAUUGUUUUGUCUUGAAAUGUAACUAACUGGAUAAUGCUGUUGUUGACUGGUAUUUUGUAUUUCUUGUACAUAAUUUACUAAUUUAAGUGCUUAACUUCUUUUAUGAAUUCAGGUAGCAUCUCAUUGCAAAGAUUGUGGUAUAAAGUUUGGUCGAUAUUUCUGUAUGAUCUGUCGAUUGUAUGAUGAUCAAGAAAAGGGACAGUUUCAUUGCAAUGGUUGUGGAAUUUGCAGGUGUUGUGAUUAUGUGCACUGUUAUUCAGCAGUAUUUGUUGAAUCCACUUUUAUCAUAAGCUAUACAUUCAAUAAUAAAAAGGUUACAAUUUAGGUAAGCAUUACUGAUUCAGUGUGCAUACACGCAAUUUAGUUUUAACACAAAUCCUAGCCUGUUGUUGAAAACCUAAAAGAAAAACCAGUAUUAUGCUGCAUAUAUAUAAAAAAGGAAAAAAAAAAAACAGAAAAAGUUGUAAAUACAUUGAAUAGUCCCAUAGCUACAGUGUAGAGUUAACUGAUACAAUAUAGCUGUAUGGCAGUUAGCUUGGAAGAUUAGUUACGUUUAUGACCUUAACAGCUGUACACUGUACAUAAUAUAUUUUGCCUAAAAAUUUCCUACAAGUUUUAGUGUUUGGAUCUCCUUUGUUGUUGUUAUUGAAAGUGAGUCAGUAACAAAUCUGCCAGAUUUCUUGUUUCCUGGCACUGUCUUUUAACAAUUUAACCCAAGGUCAGCAUUUUAAUUGAAAUACAAGUUUUUCAUAAUAAAUUUUAACCACUGUUUGACACUACAGGUACAUGCUACAAUACAUGUGUAAUACACUGAAUAGCACACUCUCUUCCAAUAUUUUUUAUUGUUUGGACCAAACUGAAUGUGAAUCAGCAAGAAGCAACGAAUGGGGAGAACCCUGUGAAGUGUGAAGUAUAUGGAUACAUGGAACAUUCACUUGUAGAAAGCUUAUCAUUUAUUUUAUUUCAUUUUAUGUGUUAAAAUUAUUGUGUUGUAGCUGCAGGCUGCUUAGUAAGCCUUCAAUUAUAUAUUAGCUGCAAAAGGUUGCAUUUUAAAAUGCAGUGUAAAUUGAUAAUGACUUGAUCUAAUUCUUCAAUUGAGAAGUUGAUUUUUCCUUACUCCUGCACUGUUUUAGUUACAAUGUAGGUUGUACUUUGCUUUUUGUAUUCAACAUUUUUGUCUUCACGUGUGGCCAAACUACUUUAUUCUGCCAUAUCUUACAUUAGAGUUGGUGGAGAGGCGAACUUUUUUCACUGCAGUAGAUGUGACAUGUGCUUAGGAAUUCAGCUGAAAGACUCACACAAGGUAAGAAACAACACUCUCACUUAAGGUGUCUGCUGAAAUGGAUUUGUGCAGUUAAGUUCAGUUGGACACAAAUCACAUCAAGUCACAUUUAUUUAUCCUUGAGAACUCUGAUUUAUUUGAAAUAGUUCUCCAUCUCUGAGGAAUCAGUUUCAUUCUAAAACGAGUUCAUUAUUUUCAUCUCUAUACAUUUUUCUGUAUUUGUUUACAUGAUACCAAAACAAAAUUUCCUUCCUGUACAAGUCAUUAUAGAAUGAGUUAAUUCCUAUUUUCAAUCCCAAUGAAAUUCGUAUUCUUGUACAAAAUCAUGUAAACCAAAAACUUCCGGAUUGAAAACAUGGCAGUUGUGUAGUCCCCGGCCAGUGGUGUAUGCAUAUCUGAUAUGGCAUGGAAGCCACGCAAGCCAUGCCUUAGGCUGAGCCAGUCAAUUUUCCGAUGUAAAUGCGAUACAAACUUCACUCUGGAAGAAAAGUCAUUGUGGUAUCAUAUUGGCCAUUUCAGAGUUGCGUAGGGAACUGGGGCAAGUUUCAAAUUCAAACUAAUUGAUAAACUGACACCACCAUAUAACCAUAUUUAUAUGGUGGUGUCAGUUCAUCGAUUAGUUUAUGCACCUAUCAAUGUAAUGCCGGCAGGGGGGGAGGCAGGGCAUAGGGUGGGGAUUUGACUUUUUUCAAAAAUUUGCAAUCAAAUUCCCUGCCCACGGGCAAAUCAUUCCAGUCAAAUCCAACCAAAUUUCCCUGGCACCCCAGGCUGCACAUUGCUGUCAAUCCCAAGGCAGAACCUAAGAAAGGCUCAAUAAAAAUAUCUCCAAAUAAAACUCUGCAAUCUUUUAUAAAUGUUGCUGCAUCACCAAAGAUACAUGUUCCUGUUACAGCUGCAAUUUUACGUUUUAACCAUAAUCAGUGUUACACUGCAUAGAAUACAUAAACCUUUAGGAGAAAGUCCACAUUUUGUAAGUCUAAAUAUACCGUUCUUAGUAAAGGGUACAAAGAAAGUCAGUUUUAUAAGUUUACAGUGAUUGUAGCGAAUGAGCCAUGGAUACACUAAUCAAUUGUACUUGCAAAAAUCGACUUGGUUUCUCUUUACUUCCGUUUACUUUGAUACCACAGUAUAUUAAGAGGUUCAAUUGAUCAAAAACACGCUAAAACGAACGAAAUUUGAAGACAAAACAGUGAAAUCCACUCAGCCUUCGCUUGUUCUCAUUGGCCUCCAUGACUUCCUGAUCUUUUCAAACCGUAUGGCGCAUUUGUGAAGCGUGGAAGCGGGAAACAUAUGUUUGGUCUCAGUCUUUUUCGUCCGAGUCGGCAGUCAAAUAUCUCCACGUCGGGCGAAGAAAGAUUCAAAUAUCCCUUCCCCCGGGAGAACAAGAUCAGUCAAAUGCCCUACCCCAGGGACAACAAAGACAAUCAAAUCCCCACCCCAUGCCCUGCCUCCCCCCGCCGGCAAUAAAUUGAUAGGUGCAUUAAAUUUGAAACUCGCCCCAGCUCCCUACGCAACUCCGAAAUGGCUAAUAAUCACUUCAUAUCACCUACGCAAAUGCAACGAAAUAUAUGUAGAUGUAAUGAACUCAUUCCAGAAUCAAAGUCAUUUUGGUAUCAUGUAAAUAGCCCCUGAAUCCCCUGGCUAAUUUUUCAUGUACUGCCAUUGUUGCAAGUCACUCUUACAUCAGUUUUUGUAUGAUUUUAUUGCAAUAUCCAAUCACUGAUGUCAUGCAAGACACCAGCAUGGCAGUUUAGCUGUUUAAUAGGCAUGAGACGGCAUGUAGUACAGAAUUCAAGAAAAAUAGUGAAAUAGGUCACAGCUAUCUGACGAUGAAACGGCAGCAUUUUUAAACAUAAUUUCCCAAUAUUAUUUUUUCAUACCCUAUUUACAGUUGGUGUGAUAUCUUAACAAUUUUACCUACCCAAUAAUGUAAAUGUGAAUGUAAAAUGUAAAUAUUAGAAGGUCUGAACUGUGCAAAACAUUAUACAAUGAAAUAAUUUUUGUUAGAUCACCUGGAGAAAUGAAUUUUUGCCCAAUCUAAAGGCAACAUUUUAGAUUAGAAAUGACGUGGUUGUACUUAGCCAGUAAAAGACAAUGAUAUUGUAUAAAUGUACGCUGCCAUAGUACAGUACUUCAUGUAGGUACAUGUACUUAUGACAAACUAAGUUUUGAAAGUUCUCUUAGGAAUGCUAUAUCGUUUCCAUCAUGGUAACUGUUAUUACAUGUUUAUUUACAUCUUAAUAGGUUUUCUGCUAUGACUGGUGUAUAUUACAUGUAUGUAAUUAAAUUUGUCCCUAGUCACCUUAGAGACUCUAGUAGAACAGUAGUAGGACAUCUGAGAGAUCUAGAACUUGGAGAGGGUCAUGAGUUCAAAUCUCAUCUAGAGCUGGGAUUUUUCGGAGAUUUCUGAUGCUUUAUUUCUCCUUUCAUUCUUUCUUUCUUGCUUGCUUUCUUGUUUUCAGUGCGUUGAAAAGAGUUCACGCUCAGAUUGUCCAAUAUGCUAUGAGGUGAGAGCAACAUUAUUAUUUCUUGAUCAGAUAUUUUGUUUAGCACACACUACAGGGUUUAAGAAAGUAAUCAUCAUGGCAUCACCUGUAUUUAGCCCUUCCAAACAAAAGCGGCGGUUUCCUUGUGCCAUUAGUCUUAACUCUUUGUUUUUGUCACCUGUGUUUGCUGACUAGAAUUUCCCUUUUUCUCUCUUGCACCUUAUGCAGAACAGCUACAAAUAAUUAUUAUGUAAAAUGUCUAUUAUUUAGUACAGUUUUUUAAAAUCUGUUUUUCUUUUCCAUGUAAUGCUAGAUACCUAAUGAGAGGGGAACGUCCUAUAAACCAGCUGAUAAAUGUGAUUUUUAGGAUAAUUGUGAUUUAGUUUUUAUCAUUAUUGAACCCCAGAGUGUGACCUCAGCCACAUUAUUACAAGUUGUUUUUUCUUUUAAAAUGAAACUUUUUAUGUUCAUUAUUUUAUUUUACUGCACAACUAUGAGAAUUGAUUUCCAAUACAUGAUUAUAUUGAUUUGGCAAUCAAAUUAAAAUUCAAGUGGUUAUGUUUCCUUCACCUGUUACAUGUAUGCUAGAUUGUUUUUAUUUUAAUUUAUGUAUUCCUUGCAUUUGCCCAGCGUAUCUAAUCUGACAAAACCGAACAAAAUUGAUUUUGGCAAUCAGAUAAAAUUGAACAUGGAAUUGUUUGUGAGUUUGAUUAUCAAACAAAUCAAAUAUAAUCAACAAAGGGAACCAUUUGAUUUUGUUUUCCCACCAAACAAAUUGUUGACUGAACCCAAAUAAUAGCUUUGAUCUCGUCUAAGAAAGACUGAUAUGUGUGGUGAAUACAUAGCCAUUUUAGCAGAACGACAAAUUGCUCUUUUUGGUAACAAAUGAGUAUUAAACAACAACUGCAACCUUUCCAGCUGGUUUCAUGUUGAUAUCAUGUGUUACAUAAAACACACACAUGUAUUGAUUUUUCAGUGCAUUUCUAUUUCAUUUGCAAAUGAAAAAGUUGUACCUUACGAACAAGAAAGUAGUCAACUAAAUAAAAUUAUACCAUUUUACAUGCUAUGUAAUUUUCCUUGGUACUCCGCAAUGGUCCAGGAUUGCUAUAUACCAAUGUCUACAUGACUGUAGCUGCUAAUUUCUGAGUGGUGAUCAGUUCAAAGAAUCACAUAUGAUGAUAAUCAUGUAUAUUAAAGAGGAUUGAUAAUAAGUGAUGUCUCCAUUCUCCAUGCAAAACCAGUAACUGGUUUUGCAUGGAGACAUCGCUUGUUAAUAAUGAUAAUAACUGUUAUUAUCAACUGUCCAAAAACUGUCCAAUCAAAACUUUGGAAAUCAAAGGUUCCAUCUUUCAAUUGGCCAAAUUUUUUUGUGAGUGACAAAUGUUGUGUGAUCGUUUUUGGCCAUAAAACUUAAUCAUUUGAUUUUAAUCAAAUUAAAAUUUUGGUUGAUUUUGAUUACCGAAUGUUUGAUUAGAUACGUCGGGCAUUUGACAUUUGACAUGAAAAGAAACAAAUGAAAAAAAAAUAGAUAAAUGAAUAAGUAACCCUCUAUUCUGCUGCUAUGAUGUUUUAACUAGUCUAAAUUAUGUCACCACAGUUAUUCUUCCUAUUUUUCCUUUUAAAAUAGGAUAUUCAUACAUCUAGAAUACCAGCGCAUGUUCCUCCUUGUGGACAUCUAUUACAUAAGUAAGUAACUUACAAAAUGUACAUGAUCAGAUUAGUGUACCUAAUGCUUGGACAUACAGGAAGAAUUUUGAUGCUGACCAAUGUGGAUUUAGUCUGCUCUAUGGCCAUUCUCUGUGUCAUCACAUAUCACUCCUCCCCACAAAUAGCUGCAGAGAACUGAACCACAUUCCUUAAUUUUUCUCAUAUUUAGCCAAUCAGAGUCAGCUUCCAUUUUCUGCAAGGUAUUCGAGCCAUGUUUACAGUACAGUGACUCCUCCAAUCGCAGCUUUGCUUUUAUUUGUGCCCCACAUGUGAAUCACAAAACAAUAAAACUGUGGCGUGGCAUUAUAGCCUGAAUUUCAUCCGAUUGCUUCGAGUUGUUUUCUCCUCCAAUCAACGAGGUUACUGAGGGAGUAAUAAUGACUCAAAGUAAUCGGAUGAAAUUCAGGCUAGCGGCAUUAAAACAAUUGAUCAAUCUAGUGUUGUCUCUCUAGUCCUAUUCAAAAUAAAUUAUAAGAUUGUUAAGCAGCAGCAGCAAGCAAGUCGAACAAAUGUAGUGCACAACAAUGAUGUGUGAAGUUACCAGGUGCCAGUUUGGAAAUUGCUUAUCAAUAAUUUAUUAGAGUACUUUUGUUUGAACUAAUACGCAUGAGAGUUUAUAAGUACUUCAUGAACCAACACCAAGAGCACAUCCAGCACAGGAAACACAUCAAACAUGCACUGUAGAAGUAAAAGUCAUGCAGGCCCCUAUCAAACCCUUUUUUCUCUUUAGAAGCUUUGUUAACCUCUUUUAACAAACAUUUCUGCAAGUUAGCUUUUUUGCUGCUAUUGGACACAAAGCCCAUCGACAUUCAGGGACUAUUGAUUGAUUUGUUGAAAACUGAGAAGCACGUUCAUUUCCAAGCACAAACACAAAGAGAAAGGAUGUGGUUUUCUUCUCAGCAGCCAUUUGUGGGGAAGAGCAUUGCGUGAUGAUACAAUUUUUCUCAAACUUGUUUCUGAUGUAGAGUGCCAAUAUUUAACCAGUAGAUGUUUUGCUUACAAGUUGUUUUUUGCAGAAAUGCAUAAUUCCUAGUGCUGGGUAUGAUUUUUCUUUUAUAAAUGGACAUGUGUCUCUUCAAACGUCUAUUUUGAAAGGACAUAUUCAAAAAUUUGUUGGACAUUGAUUACAUUGUAGCAUACCCUAUUUACUUGAAUAAGCGCCACAGCACGAUAUGGCGUUUAUUUGAAAGUCGGACGUGACAAAGAAUUGUUUUAACUAUGGUAUUGUUUUUAACCCAUUCGCUCCUGGAGAUUUUGCCCAAAAACGCGUUUUGAGGCUAGUCGAGUGGUUUUCUGGUCACUGUCGUGCUAUAAAGAGCUAAAACUUACCACAAACCGGUUUACAGGUUGUACACUUGGCGGCCUUCUGAUCCAGAUGCAAAAUAUCAGCUUGCGAAGUUCGGGCAUGUGCAGAAAUAAAAUUUCAACAUAGUUUUUGGGUUUAAAAGUGACACAGCAGUCUUGACUUUUACUUUUCGCUUUCUCUCCUCCCUUCUUUUUUCGCUUUUCUUGCCUCAUUUUUUUUUUCUCUUGCUGGGCAUUUAGUAGGCUUCAUUUUGGUGGGAAGAGGUUUUAGGAAAGCUUUUAGGAUCUUAGGAUUAGGUGAAAGGAAAGGUAGGUGGGUAAUGGAACAAGAUUUUCAUGGAGAUUUUCAGGUCCUUGUCACGUGGUUUUUUGCUUCUUUCUCCGGUGUCCUUGACUGAAUUGUGCUCAUUCUGGUAUGGUUUGAAAGAUCUCUUCACUCUGCACAAGUUAGCGAAGAAAGUUGUCCUUGACCGUUAAAACUGAUGACGUCACAAAGCGUAGAAAGGACCUGGAUCCGCACGGGCGGUUACGGGCGGUUCAGGGGCGAAUGGGUUAAACAGAAUUAAUUUCUUUUGAUUUUCAUUAUAAUGGGGCUGUGACGCCAAGAGCCAUGGCUCUUGGUUGUGCUUAUUCAAAGGUGCUAAUUUGAGUAAAUAUGGUCAUGCUUUCAACCCAGUUUGCCUCUGUUUGCCUUGAUAGUGCAUGACAAGAAAACCCAAGCAGUGAUUCUGGGUAACCCCUUUCAAGAACGUGUUCUUCACAUUGGCGAUUGUUAUUUUUUAAAAGAAAUAAUCUUUCCUUCGAAAUCUUCAUGAUUCUAGACACAAUUUGCAAAAAUCUCAAGCUUUGAAAAAGAAACAAAAUAGUCUAAAUAAACCAGUAGAACUCGAAUGACCGCUUCCCACCAUUUGGCAAGUGUAUUAAAUUUUGUUUGAAUGUGAUUGGAAGCUGGCGUAAUUCUGGGAAAUGAAAUACUGGUUUAUCUUGUACCAAAUUUUAAAGUUUAUAAUUAUUGUACAGUUGUCUUGCAAUCUAGUCUUGAAAUUCUUAUGGAUUUUUAUAUAUUCUUAAAAUUUCUUUAUUUACAGUACCUGUUUUUCAAAGUUACUGGAGUCAGGGUAUGUCAGUACUAGCCAGUUUAUUUAUAUAAAAUGGCCUUAUUUAAACUGUUUGUCAUGAGAUGUUAUUAUCCAUAAUCUGAGUUCUUAUUUAUUAUUGGGCUGCACCUGAGUAAAGAGCAAUGCCCAAUUAAGUUUUGAGCAGCAUGUUCAUCGAAAAAAGACAAACUAAACUUUAUGGUCUUUCGUAUUCGGCAUAACCUUGAUGUAAAUUCAGUGCCCACAAAAGAAAUAAAAUAAAUAAAUUUGACUAUAAAUACAAACUUAAGGUUCAUCUUAUGGACCUUAGCAGAUAAAGAGAAACAAUUAGAGGGCAAGCCGGUGAUUUGGUAGAUUUUUAUCUCUUGCCAUGCUCAGUAAAAACGUGUGUUAACUGGGCACAUUUAAUGGGGCAUUCAUCUACUUGGUAGUCCACCACUUGUAUAGUUAAUAUUAUUUUUUGUGUCACUGAAGUCACUAUGUCAGAAGCCAAAGCAAUGGGAGGUGCAUACAUUGUAGCUUUUAUAAAUAGUAAUUGUUUUAAUUGUUUUGCUUCAUGUUUUGUAAAGCCAAUUUUUUUCCCCUCUUGACCUUGUCAGCCAUUUCUUUGUUUUAGGGGGUAUGCUUGUCCAAUAUGUAACAGAUCUAUGGUUGAUAUGAGUCGUGCAUGGCGGAUGUUGGAUAAUGAGAUAGCACGUACACCAAUGCCCGCAGAAUAUAAUAAUUUCAAUGUAAUGGUAAGUCAAUGAUUUUCUGUUGUAAACCUGUUGUUUCCUUGAGCUGUUUGUAAUGGUGUCCAACUUUUUGUGGGAAUUUCCUCCGUAUUGUGAGGAGUUGUUAGAAUUCUUAGCAUUGCAAAUUGCUGACCCAUUCAGCCCUAAAGGUGGCGAUAGAAAAAAAGGACGGACAAAUUUUUUAUAUUCUUUCAUUUUGUAAAAUCUUAGCAAAUAAAUGGUGUGUUGCAGGCGUUCAGAUAAUAGAGUGUAGCUUGAACUCUGAAAGCAGGGGAAUAAAAGGAAAAGGGGGAGAGGGGAGUGAUCCCCACCCCCUCCCCUCACUGCUAUUCCUGCUCACCUCUUUUUGUGCUAUCCUCACAAUCUGAGCACCAGGAACAGGCUAGCAGAUAAAGAGUGUUGUGGUUAAGUACGACCAAAGAUGAUUUUUACUUGAAUGGAUUUUGUCUUUAAAUUUACAAGUUAGUGGCAAAUCAUUUCGCCAUAACUUAAUCUAGGAGUGUAAGGAAAAAGUAAGGGAAAUUUUGCUCAGUCAACAAUGGUAUGAACAUUAUUGUUUUCAUUGCAGAUUCUCUGUCGUGAUUGUCACAAGGUAGGCUGUACUGAUGUAAUUUCUUAAAGUUUUUAAAUUCUCUAAGAGGACACAAUGUUAUUUUGUCCAAUAAGCCCCCAAGCUGUGGUAAUCACCGACCUCUUUGGCCAAACUAGUAAAUAUAAGCUUUCCUGGUGAUCAGAACCCCUUCCAGGCCUUCUCUGGCUUUUUUUUGUGUAGGGAAAUACAGGAAAUACCUGCAUUAAGAACAUUACGCUGAAAGUUGGCUAAUAAAACACCAUAAAUGUAUAUAUAACAACCAAUUCUGUCUGAUAAAUAGAACAUAUUCUUAUAUAAAAAGGAAGAGGGUGAAAGUAUAAGAAACCAUCACAGUAACUCGUAUCAUUAAAGUACAAAGGCGCGCUGGGCCAUUCAAACUCUAAGAGCCAUAUAGUACGUAACAGUACGUAAUAGUAAGUACUCGUAAGUAAUUAAACAUUGGAUGUUUUUUAACAUCCUCGUUGAUCUGCAUAAUUCUUCACAUCCCACUCAGUCUCAUUCAAUAAUUGCUAAGUAUGCUGAUACGAAUUUUAUUAACGUUUUAAGAAUAUUCUUAAGCUAAUUUUUCUCUAGGCACCCCGUAAAAUAAGAACUUGAUCAGCCUGAACCCCGAAAUCAUAGUUUCUUAUAUGCGGGUGUUUACUGUAUAUCACAAAGAAAGCCUUUUUUCUCAAAUUUUAUUCUUGAACUUCUUUAGCACCAUUACAGGAGAACUGUUACUUCUCCAUUAUUAAAGUACAGAUUUUUUUCAUAUCAAGAUUAUUUUAAUCAAAAUAAAGUUUCAGUUUGAUGGGAGAAGAACUUAAUAAAUUAACCACCCUCCUUCGAGUAGGCUUUCCUUUUUUGGUGCAACUAGUUUAGGAAAAACAGUUAUAACUUAAGUAUUGUGUUUUAUAUCAACCUUCUAACAAAUACGCUUUCUUAGAGAAGUGAGAAAAAACGUAUCGAAUCUGCAUAAUAAGUUGAUUUAGCUAUGAAAAAUUGUCUUUUGUCUAUCUAAUUGUCUAUUUUUGUUAUAUUGUGCUGAAACGAGGACCCAUUUCUCGGAAAACCAACUUAUUUUUUUCUGCAUACUUGUCUUUCGUGUCAGAGUACAGCGAUUUUCUUUUUCAGGAAAGCAAGGUCAAAUUUCAUGUCGUUGGUCUAAAAUGCGCAGAGUGUGGUUCAUAUAACACCAGUAGAGAAGGAGAGGAGGGUGUUCCUGUAAUGCCACCACCGAUACCAGUAGCUGCUGUCGCAACAGAAGCUGCAGAGGGCGAGGAUGAAUGGGAAACAGAGGAAGAGGAAGAAAUAGUGGGUGGAGAGGUAGAGCAAGAAAAUGAGGAACAAGGACAAGAUGAUGGAGUAAACUUAGCUGAAGUACAGUUAGACAUGGAUGGAGACAGUAAUAAUGUUCUUCCUUUGGACUAAGGUCUGCAGCUUAAAAUAUUUCAAACUGGUCUUUUGCAGUGCAGCUGUGAUAUAGCGCUUUGUCAUAUGAGCGUUCUACUCCAGAACUAAGAUACUGGAACUACUGUUUUGCAAAGCUGGUCUUUUACUGUGCAAUUGUGAUAUGGUCUUAUUGAAACUAUACCUGUUGAAAGACUGGUCUCAUCAGUGGCAUUAUGGUAUUGAAACUGUCGUAUGUGAGGCUGGUCUUAACUAUGCGAUUAUGAUUAUGUCAGUCGUGAGACAAGUUUUAACAGUGGAAGGUCUGUGUUAUUUGCUCUACAUGAUAGAUAAUGUGUACUUGUCUUUUACGGCAACUAUAUAAGGGCCUAUCUGCAGUAGCAGACUAAUUUGGAGUUAUCUUUGAAUCAUUGAAACCAAAAGUUUUAUGGUGACACCGUUACAUCUGACAACACGUGCAUUAAUAAUCGCUAAUCAAUAAUCGCUUUACAACAACGAUUUUGUUUAUUUAGUCUAUUUUGUCCAGUUUUUACCCGUGGCAAAUUUUGUCUGCGGCGUCUUUGAAGAUUGUUGUGAGACUGCUCUACUUUGGAACUAUGAUUAUUGCAAGUUACAUCUGUCGCAAGAUUGGUCUGGUACCGAGAAACUGUCGUACGUGUAUAUAUCAGUUACAAAACUGGUCUUCUGCGGUAAGGCUAUGAUUUGUCCUUGUCGUUGCUAUAUUUUUAGAAAAUUGUUAUUAUACCAUCUCAUGUGAAUCGUUUGUCUUAAUUUGAAGGUUUUACACACUCGUUGCAACUAUGCUGUCCUCAUAUACGAUAAUAAACACAAUUACAAU